AGAGCCAGUUGUUGACCUGUUGAGUAAUGCGGUCUGCUUGUCUCUCUGAGCACUAUCGUCAGCCGUGUGACUCCUCCGGCUGUCCGCUCUACGGUCUGCCCUGCCAUGGUCGACCUAAACAGCGGCUGGAACCUUUCUUUCGCCGGGUGCGGGUUUCUGGGAAUUUACCACAUAGGAGUUGCUAGCUGCUUGCAGGAGAAAGCGCCCUACCUCAUCGAAGGGGCCACCAAGUUGUACGGGGCUUCCGCCGGCGCUCUGACCGCCUCGGUGCUCGCUAGCCAGGCGUCCCUAGCCCGAUGUUGUGAAGAUGUGAUCGAGGUAGCAAAAGAGGCCAGGAAGAGGAACCUGGGCCCCCUUCACCCCAACUUCAACCUAGUCAAGGUGUUAAAGUCUGGCCUGAAUCGUGACCUGCCCUCUGAUGCACAUGCCCUGGCCUCGGGGCGGCUGUGCGUUUCGCUAACCAGAGUGUCUGACGGGCAGAAUGUGCUGGUGUCGGAGUUCGACAGCAAGGAGGAACUCGUCCAGGCGCUGAUCUGUAGCAGUUUCAUUCCCAUCUACUGCGGGCUGAUUCCUCCAUCCUUCAGAGGAGUGCGUUACGUGGAUGGUGGGAUGAGUAACAACCUGCCGCAGUCUGAGCUGAAGAACACCAUCACCAUCUCUCCCUUCUCUGGCGAGUCUGACAUCUGUCCUCGCGACAACUCCACCAGCUUCCACGAGCUGCGCUUCACCAACACCAGCAUCCAGAUGAACCUAGGCAACAUGUACCGCCUCAGCCGGGCCCUGUUUCCCCCAGAAACCAAGGUAAUGGCUGACAUGUGUCAGAACGGUUAUAAGGACGCACUACGCUUCCUUGAAGAAAACAACCUGCUGAUGCUCGAUUGUCCAACCUCGGGCCCCGCCAUGCCAGAGAGCCCGCCCGCCACCUGCUGCAGCACGCAUACAGAAACCACACAAGACUGGGUGCAACGGAGGCUCCGCCUACUGCGAAAACAGCACUGGUGGCUAGAUGAGCAGAUUGUUCUGCCUACGCCCAUCAAGAAAGUGUUCUGUGAGGCCUGCCAAGACAAAUCCGGCCUGUAUGCCAAGGUAUCCAAGAUGCUGCCAGUGAGAGUGGCCUCCUACAUGCUCAUGCCCUACACACUUCCUGUGCAGUCGGCCUACUCAGUAGCCCAGAGGUUUGUGGAGUGGAUCCCAGAGGUGCCAGCGGAUAUGCGAUGGCUGUAUGGGGUAGCAGGUGACAUGUACCAACAGGCCUGGAAAGGAGCACCGGCUAGCUCUAUUGGUGAGCCAGGCCUGAGGAAAUGCUUGAGUGCGCCGCCUCUACCUACAGAAUGUGAGAAACCAAUGCAGAGAGACCACCUGCCUGCUCUUUCCUCCCUAGACCUUCCCGGCAACUACUGGGAGUACACCAAAUCUACCUCCUCCUCGUCCCAAAAGCAUUCUCACAUCGUCCCCUCCUCUCCGCAACAAGUCUGCUUCUUUGUCGGCUCACAGGAAGAUCUCAAGAGCCCCGAACCACAGUGAAACGAUUCAGGACCAGAACUUUGACAAUGAUUUGAUCAAAUGUUCACUUUCUGUGAGGAGCUAGUGGAUCGAUGGAGUGGUUAAGUAUUGAACCAAUGGUGCGCAAAUGUUUCAAGGAGACACACAUUCAUCUCCGACUCUGAACACUCCAGGUGUCAUAACUCACUCAGGCUCAUGGACGUGUUUUAUAAUCUGUUUUAAUGCACAGCGCAGACAUGUGACUAGUUUCACAGUGUCAUUACAGCCCUACCUACCUGUUUGUUUCAGACACACUGAAACGUAGCAGUCAUUUCUCAUUCCAGUACAGCUUCUUAAAUCACGGGUUCCCACACAUUUUUCACGGA